GACAAUUCUUCAGAUGACUUACCCAAAACUGAUGUAGGUGAGAAAACUUUACCGACAAUUGAGAGAAAGCUAUCAAAAGAGAUGCGUAAUCCAGUUAUUAAUAAACUAACCUCACAUUUUACUGACUCACCAAAGUUAGAUAAAAAUUGUAGUAUUGAUACUGAAGGUGAGCAUCAAACUGAUUCCUAUUGGGUUCUCGGUCCACAUUGCCCACUAUGUAGAGAAAAUCAUAUGAGUAUAUAUGAGCCAGGAAUUCCAUACGAUGAUGUACUAAAAGCAUAUUCUGAUAAUUCGGAACUAAUUCAAGAGUUAAAAACUCGAUGUUUUACAAUAUCCAUCCCUUGGAAUAAUGCUCUUAUUUUACCAGAUAAAAGCAUAGUCCUGGAAGCAUAG